CAAUACCUCGUGGAAGCAGUUCUCUGUCUGCUGGGGGCUGGCAAUACACACUGUGCUGUCUCGACUUACAUUGCUAGCAUUGUUGAAAUACGAGCUCUUACUGCUGGUAUGCGACAUGCAUAACCACCCGUUCAAUAAAAAGAAUUGGUAUUCAAGUCCAUAUUUUCUACUCAUAUUGGUUAUCAAUAGGCAUGCAGUAUACUCUGUGUCUUUUCGAUUCGAUAGAGGGCCAUGUCCUUCUGGGCAGGCAGUCACAUGCCAAACGUCAGUUGCUCCUCAUAGGAUCAUCAUCAUAGUCAAGCCGCAGGUGUCUUGAACAUAUGAUUCCUUCUAUUAAUAGAAAUCAAACUGAGUUACUGGAUUGACUGCUAGAAAUGUAAAAUAUCUGCAAGUCUUGUAUCAUUCCCAAUAAGAACUGUACUUUGACGCCACACCUCCCACCAACUUAGUAACCAUGGAUCAAUACCGACGCCACACUCAGCCACAAUCAUUUUGCAACUCCAAGCCUUCCAUCUCCAAAAUCUUUACAACCCAUCGCCCCGAGCAGUUCAAGCAAUUCCGAUAGCGAGCCACCAAGUCCGAACCCUCCAGCACAAUUCUCUCCACAAUGGAUUCCUCCUCCGUCAAGCAGUCUGUCAUGAAGCAGGUCCUCGCAGAGGCCAACCUCGCCAAUGCCCGAGUCCUCAUCGAAAAACUCCAGGAAAACUGCUUCGAAAAAUGCGUCCCCAAGCCCGGCAGCUCCCUCUCCAGCAGCGAACAGACCUGCAUGACUUCCUGCAUGGAAAAGUACAUGGCGGCCUGGAACCAGGUCAAUGCUGCGUACAUCAACAGAAUACGACAGGAGCAAGGAAACAACUAAAAGAUACAUGAUACGGAUAAAAAAAGGGGGGAGAGGAGAAAUGAAACUUCAAGUUCUACACGGCAAACGGCAUGCCGUUUGGACGGCGCAUUGGGGGGAAAAACAUAACUGGGAUUAUCGACGCCAUUGAGCUGAGAUUAUGCCUCAAUUCAAAAGCUUCAAGGCUCUCCCAUAUGAAUUCUUUGUACUACUACCAUCUAUUCUUCAAAUUAGACUGGCCUUGGUGCCACGGCGCAGUAUCUAGGAACGGGCUUUAGAUAUAUAGAUAUUGGAUCACCCACUCAGUCUCUAAUCUACAUUAACAAAGAGAAGAAACAAAAAAAUAUGACAAAAAAAAA